AGGUUGUCAAACAAACCACAUAAAAAUUAAUCAUGUUCUUGCAAUAAAAAAGGAAACGGCGUUUUUGAUUUGUUUAGUAAGCUUGGGCCAUUCAAACGCGUCUGACUGUUGACUUUGUUGGCUUGAUACAACAAUGCUUCAGUCUACACUAAAUGCGUUCGUUAUAUUAAGUUUGAUUUGUUCUUGCACAUGCAUUCACGUUCCCUUUGAUCUUAAUGGAUGGAAAGCUGUGCAACUUGACAACAAAAAAGUUCUGGAUUCAAUGAUUCUAUCAGCUGAACAUCUCCAAGGAGCGCUGAAGGAACCAGUCACUGCUUUUAAGUGGGAUGAGACCAUUCCAGACUGGGAUUUAUACCGAGUGUCAUUCCAAGGUGGAUUUCAACAGGGAAAAGAUUUUGAAUGUCACGCAGAUGCGGUGUGGAUAACUAAUCCUUCGAAUGUAACAGUGUUCAAUACAGGUUGCAUUGAGGUAUCUUCGAAUCCUACACAAUACUGACUGUUGUAGGCAUCAGAAACUUGUAAAAGCGCAUUUCAUGGAGCAAAGUGCAUACACUCUAUUUAAUAACUGUAUCAUACUGUGAAAACUAGUCAUAAGUUUUGUUUUUAGAAAUUAAAUACUACCAAACUUAUGGACAUAUCUCGGUUGCAGUCGUGAAAGUGGAAAAGCUUUAUUGUGAUUCUUGGUUAAAUGUUUUCUCAAAGAUUAACAAAGUAUUGCACCGCAAAUUGUUCAUGCAAUUCUAACAUAUUGUAAGCAUGUGUUUUUAAUUAUAUUUGGUACAGAAUAAAUCUUUUAAAUGCACAA